AUGCAAUUACCACCAGGUUUUUCAGCCCCUAAUGAUCCUCGAGUUUGUAAACUCAGAAAGAGCUUAUAUGGUCUGAAACAGGCCUCAAGACAGUGGUUUUCUAAACUAUCUUCAUCCUUACUUCAGUUUGGUUUUACUCAAGGCAAGUCAGAUUCAAGCCUUUUCAUAAAACAAACUUCAACUAGUUUCAUGGCCUUAUUGAUAUAUGUGGAUGAUGUUAUAAUUGCCUCUGAUAAUCUUGAGCAAAUAGCUACUGUAAAGAAAUUUUUACAUGAUUCCUUUACCAACAAAGACUUGGGUAAGUUGAAAUAUUUCUUGGGUAUUGAGGUGGCUAGAUCAGCCAAGGGCAUCACUCUCUGUCAAAGAAAGUAUGCUCUAGAUAUCCUCCAAGACAGUGGCUUAUCUGGUUGCAAACCCGUGGCCUUUCCUAUGGAAUCAACUUUAAAGCUCACUGCAAAUGACUCUACUCCUCCUUUAUCUGAUCCUGCCUCUUACAGAAGACUAAUUGGCAGACUACUUUACCUCACAAUCACAAGACCUGAUCUGGCUUAUUCAGUGCAAGCACUCAGUCAGUUUAUGUCUAAUCCUAGCACCAUGCACCUUCAAGCUGCUGAAACGGUUCUGAGAUACGUAAAAGCUACACCAGGUCAAGGCAUUUUUCUAUCUGCAGCAUCUAUCUUGCACCUAAAGGCCUAUUCAGAUAGUGACUGGGGGGGUUGUCUAGACACUAGAAGAAGUGUCACUGGAUUUACAGUUUUCAUAGGUGACUCUCUUAUAUCUUGGAAGUCAAAGAAACAAUCUACUGUUAGUAGAUCCUUAGCAGAAUCUGAAUAUAGAGCCCUAGCUUCUACAACUUGUGAACUUCAAUGGCUGGUUUAUCUUUUGGCUGACUUCAACAUAGUUCAUUCUCAAGCUGUACUACUUUACACUGACAGCAAACCUGCCUCUGAUAUUGCCUCAAAUCCUGUUCAUCAUGAAAGAACAAAACAUAUCCAAUUGGAUUGCCAUUUGGUUCGAGAAAAACUACAAGAAGGCCUCAUCAAGAUCAUCCAUAUUCCUUCCAAGCAUCAGCUAGCAGACAUCUUAACCAAACCUCUCGGAUCUCUUAACUUUCAUCAUCUUCUUUGCAAGAUGGGAAUGAUUAACAUCCAUUCUCAUCUUGAGAGGGGGUGUUGGAAUGUACAGAAUUAUAUAGAGGAAUUAGAAUUGAAGUCCCGAGAAGCCAAACAAAGGCUUUAUCUAAAGAAAGUUAGUUAA